UAUAGGUCAGUCUCAAACCUUUGGCACCACCACCAGCACAAUGUUCUUCCUGAAGCUGUCUCUGCUCACCGUGCUAAUUGCAGCUCCUGGCUUGGUCACUUCUACAGAGAAUGUGAUCACUUGCGAUGGCAAUGUCCAGCGCCUCAGUUGUGAUAUCGGACUGAUAAGCGUGCAGUCUGCUGUAUACGGCCGAACAGAUAGAAGCGUCUGUAGUGCUGGUCGCCCUCCUUCUCAGAUCCAGAACACCGACUGCAUUGUGAACAUUCCCCUUAUCUUUGAGAGGUGUGAUGGGCAGAUUGCAUGUGAGUUUAAGACCGACACGAUUGGCAGCCCUGACCCAUGCGUCGGAACUUACAAAUACUACAACACCACUUACAACUGCAUCCAAGCACGUAUCAGCAUGACGUGUGAGGGCAGUUUCAGCACACUGGACUGUGGAAACGAUGUGAUUCAGAUCAUCAGUGCUAACUAUGGCCGCACUGAUAGGGCAAUCUGUUCAAACGGACAACCCAGCAGCUUGAACGAGAACACCGACUGUCAUGCUCCUGACACGCUUACUAGUGUGGUUGCGCAGUGCAAUGAAAGGAGAAGUUGCAUUCUGGAAGCUUCAAAUGCCAUCUUCACCGAUCCUUGUGUUGGGACUUACAAGUAUCUGGCUGUCUCUUAUUUCUGUCGCCCUGCUCAGACCAGUGUGACCUGUGAAGGCAGUACUGCUGUGCUGACAUGUGGAGUUGGUGUUCUAAAAAUCCAUAGUGCUAACUAUGGUCGAACUGAUUCCACUACGUGCUCUGCAGGACGACCCCUCAGGCAGAUCACCAAAACCGAUUGCUUUGCAACUACCUCCUUAUCUGAAGUUGCAAAAAGAUGUAAUGACAGGGGCAACUGCACAGUUCCUGCCACAAACGAUGUCUUCACUGACCCCUGUGUGGGCACCUAUAAGUACCUGAGCAUUGUAUAUUCCUGUGUGGUUAAUGAUGGCUUUCUCUCUCUUUUUCAGCUGUCCAAUGAAAGUGACACUAACAGAUAAGGGACAAAAAUAAGAACAGUGUGACCUCUUGUGCUCUGUGAUAGAAUGAAAUUCCUUAAAAUGUAAUAAAUGCUGAGCCUGCAGUGAAAUGCGAGAAAAUAAAUUACUGGACUCCU